UUCUGAUUUUCCAUCUCACCUUCCAUCUCUCUCUCUCUCUCUCUCUCUCUCUUCUGGUCAUCUUAGCAAAUGGAGAGAGAAAUGCAGGUGCCGCCAUGGUUGGAGCCUCUCUUGAGAACUAAUUUCUUCAAAAUUUGCUCAACGCACAGAGAAACUCCGAGGAACGAAUGCAACAUGUUUUGCCUCUCCUGUCAAAACGCCGCGUUUUGCUUCUUCUGCCGCUCCUCUCUCCACAAGGAUCAUCCUGUCAUCCAGAUAAGAAGAUCAUCGUAUCACGACGUUGUGAGGGUGUCGGAGAUAGAGAACGUGUUGGACAUAAGAGGAGUGCAAACGUACGUCAUCAACAGCGCGAGAGUCAUCUUCUUGAACGAGAGGCCUCAGCCUAAGCAUUCCCAUGGCGCCGUAAAAUCUGUCUCUUACUUCUGCGAGAUCUGUAGCAGAAGCCUUCUCGACCCAUUCCGCUUCUGUUCCUUGGGUUGCAAGCUUGUGGGAAUAAGGAAGAAUAAAGAGGAAGAAGAAGGGAGAUUGAGUAGAGGAAGACAACAAGAAAGGCACAAAGGCACGCAUCCUCCAACUCACCAAUCCAAUUCAAGGAGAAGAAAAGGCAUUCCUCGUAGAGCCCCUUUUGCUUCUUGAUUAACUUUCUCUUUUCUCAACAAAAUUAAUUUAAUUAUGAUCUCUUUCAUUUAAUUUAAAUUAAAUUUAAUAUUAUCCGUUCAACCCAGAAUUAUUAGUCCAGCUCACUUCCACACAACGCUCUCACAUGGAAAACAAUUUGUGUAUAGA